AACGUCCCGAUGGCUUGCUGGGACUCUCCGACUAGGAACUCGUCCACCUUUGUAUGUCGUGAUACGCGACGGUGCGUGUACUGGUGCCGCUGACAAUGAGCCGCGGCGGUGACUGUGAUAAGUGAUUCGCGUAAGGCCAUCCUCGUUGCUGAACGCGUAUAUAGUGGCAGUGGAGAAAGAUCGCACGUCGACCGCUGAUAGAGUUCAUCUCUUGAUGAUUCGCGCUUUACGUGGGCCGCAGGCAAGCCGGAACUCGCAAUUAUGUACGAGGUACCGUCGAAGUUCUACGAGCUGUGUCGCCUUUGUUUAUCGUCGGACGGUGUCAAGUUGUCCAUAUUCGAGCAGGAGGGCGCCCAGCGAAACUUCGCCGAGAAGAUACUGACAUGUCUGUCGCUCACAGUGAAGGAUGGUGAUUCCCUACCACCAAGUCUCUGCCAUCGGUGUGUAUCUAAGUUGGAUACAUUGCACAGCUUUCGUGAGGCAUCGCACAAGUCUGACAUUAUACUCAAACAGUACCUGGAUUAUGCCAAGAAACUGUCUCACGACGAGCAGAUAAAGUCUUUCUCCACUGCCAAAGUAGCGGGUGUAAACCCUCUGCAAUCGUUCCUCCAAUUGAGCAAAACACUGUUCAGUGAGGAGCCUAACUCCGAGCCGGCCAGCAUUAAUCAAAACGUAAUACCUCAAAUACAAACGCAUCGUCUGGAAUUGCAUAACGACGACAUGCCAGAGUUGUACAAUGUUAAGUGCGAGCCAGGGGACGACACCUGCUCCAACAGUUCGGAUCCCGACCGAUUGGAGAUCGAGGAUCGUGACGAACAAGAUACCGAGAGCGAAGAAAACGGUUACGAGACGAGCAGCAUCAGCAAGAGAGCUAAACUAGAGAGCAAUCAGGAUGACUCCGAGCCUAACACAGCCAAUUGUAGCCCGGUUAAUCGGAUGGACACUCCGGAGAGCAAUUGUUCCGACACCAACAUUGACCAGGAAACGACUAAGUUGUGGCAAGCCCUAGCUAACAAUAGAAGCUUGGAAAUUACUCGGACGAACGGCGAUAAGCUGAACAAUGGAUUUACCGGCGAAGCGACCAAUCUGCUGCGCACUUUGAUCAACAAUAGGCAGAUCGGUAUUACAACAGUUGAUUCGGAUAAGUUAUCUUCGCAAGUCAGAUUUUACAGGGAUAUCCAAGGGACUACCAUAGAGCGUACCAUGUCCGAUUGUCCUGUGCUCGGUAAUCGUACCAAUGUAACAGCUUUAGAAAAUAAGAGUGCCUCGAUAGACAGUAAUCCGUCUAGCCCCGCCAGCAUCAGUCGUAAGGAAACGACAACGACGAAAGGUCGCAGGAAACAGAGUUACCCGAGCAAGGCUCCGGCGAGUCCGGACGUCGUUACCGCGUAUCAGCAUGAACACAACGAAGAACAAGCGCAGGAUUUCACCACGUGGUCCAACAAGAUUAAGAGCAAGAUGGUGGACGAGCAGAAACAACAGUUCGACCAACAGAGUAGCAACGUUGCGAAGAAGGUCGAGAUGACCUGCUCGAAUUGCGGCACCAUGACGACGACUAUCUGGAGAAGAAACAUGAAGGGCGAGAUGGUGUGCAAUGCUUGCGGGCUGUAUUACAAGCUACACGGCAUUAAUCGUCCGGUUACCAUGCGGAGGGACACCAUACAUACACGCAGGCGCAGACCCAAAGGCGAGAAACCAACGAGGCACAGAAAGAAAGGAAACACGAUCUUAGCGCCUCAAGGAGCGGAACAAAUGGAUCGCGAUGACAGUAUGAUGGAGGCACUUCGACGACAAAUUCAGCCCCAUCUGAUGAUGGCGUUGACGCCCCCGCGUAUAGCCGCUGGUCAUCCGCCUCCGCCUACCGCUCAACUCAAUUACUCAUUACCUUUGCCUGGUUACAUGAUUCACCAACAUGUGAAAGCCGAUGGUACGCGUAUGCAGCGGCACUUGUCCGUGGACACCGAGGAAGCAGAAGAAGGUGACGAGGAGAACGUUUCCGAUGUUCCCUUGAAUUUGGUGGCGACUUCGCUCUCGGAUCAGGCGCAUUGAGAGAGUCGACUUUCACGGCUAGGUAUGCUUAUGGAAGCUUUCUAGACGACGCAGUCCGUUCGACGGGUCUCCGUUUCUUUCUGCUAAGAAAUAGCGGGUCGUUUUAUGACGGACGCGGUAGAUCGCGACGGUGUUACGAAGAGAGCCACUACUCUCUCGCUCAGCGCGCACGAUGAAACGAGAUGAUAUUAAUUACGCAGUAUUAAUUAUUCAUGAUGUACAUACACCACACACACACACAACACACACACACACACACACACACACACACACACAAAAGUAGACAAACAGACACGUUGUACGUGUACGCACGUACGCAUGCAUACACACACAUACAAACAUACAUUCACACGUAACACGUACACAGGACCGACGAACACACAGAGACACAUAUAAGAAAAUAUUUUUAUACAAAAUUUUGUACGCUCGUCCGUUGUACAUACAUGUGCCGCGGAACUACCCGUGGUGCCUCUCGGAGACGCUCGUCGUUGUCGUCGUUAUCGCCGUCGUCUGGUUUUGAUCGGGGGUUUUACAGUGACGGCGACGGCGACGGCCUCUCCAAUGGCGUACCUGCAAGGUCGUUUUGACUUUCAACAUUCAUCUGCAUUACGCUCCAAAUUUGAAGGUCCUCUCGAACUUUUAUACCGUUGCACCAUGAAUGUUGGAUUUUUCAUUUUAUUUUAAAUACAAGUGGUAUAUUGGUUACUACUACUUGACGAUAUCGAGUAUUAUAAUGUUUUUUCUAACUUAAAUAUUUAUAUUUUACAACGGGGGUUUGCGUUGAUUAAGUUAUUUCAAUUGACGGCUAAUUGUCGUUCUAUUAUUUUUGAAAAAUAUGGAUAUUUCUCGAAAUCGAAUCUCUUUUUACAGCUUUUUUAUAUAGGAGUCUCAUUAUAUAAUCGAAAUAUGUUUUAUCGUAAUUAAUUCACUUUUUCCAAUAAGUUACGAAAUAAGACACUCGAUACUGAAGACCAAGAACCGCUUGGUCAGGAAAUCUAAGAUCUAGAGUAUGAUAGGGAAAUGUGAAAAAGAAUAUACGAUAUUAUGGCUGAUUGGUACAAGGUACCAAUAACAUAACAUUGGUUUAUUAAUUCUAAUAGAAGUUAUAUCGACUAAAAAGUGAAAAACUCAAUACAAUACAAUAGAAGUCAAUUUCAAACCUGUUUAAUGUUUCAUUGCAAUUUCGAAGUUUCCAAAAUUAAAAUCAUUUGAUUUUAGGCGACACAGUAAAUUAAUUUUUUGUUGAAAGGGAAACAAAUUUGAUCAACAUUUAACGCAAAAUGAGACAUUUUAAUUGAGUGUUUUAUUUCAGUUGAACACACAUACACAAUAGAAAAUUGGUGUGUUCAACGUGUUAUGACCAAACACGAAUAGAAGAAGUAAUUUCUUUAUUUCACGUGUAUAAGAGACACGGAUGAAAAAUUCAACGAAAGAUCCUGCAUUUCAUACGCAACAUCUUAACGUGUUUGUCCGAUGACGAAAAAAUUUGAGCGGUUGACAAUAAAAUAUAGAAAAAGAUUGGCGCAAUAGGAAACUUCGGGGCCUGAAUAAAAUGCAGCAUGCUAGCAGCUAUGUCACAGACGUGCCUCCUCUCUUCUUCGUUAUUCGGAGGAUGCACUCGCGAAGCCUUAA